AUGGAUCCUGGUAAAUUUUGCGAUUUGAGCGACGAAUUUUUAAAGAAGAAGCUCUAUGAUUGUAUGAUGAGCUCGUUCCUCCCGGAUAAGAUAUCGCCGUCCCCUAGGGCGCUGUUAAAUGGUUAUUUUGCGGAAAUUGUUACGAUUAACACGGCAGCGAACCCAAAAUAUCUACGUUCGCCUCCGCUUCAGCACAGUCAUCAACGCAAGUAUCACAAACAUUCAAAAGACUACGCGUUGCACCACCUUCAAGAGCAAUUCCUCGAGGAUAUUCCUGAGGAGCAACCCGAACUGACGAGUGUCCUCGGAAGCUGUCCGGAUCACCAGAAAGAGAAAUUGAAGUAUUUCUGUGAGACAUGCGAUGAGCCGAUUUGUCUCGAUUGUACGUUUUCGGAGCAUAGAAAACACAAGUUUUCGUAUCUCAGAGACGUUUAUCACAAACAGAAGCACAGCAUGGCUAGUUUGCUUGGACAGGGAAAAAGCAAAAUUGAAAACACGCGAAAAUCUCUGAACCAAGUGAAGACUUUACUUUGUAAACUUCAGGAAGAGCGUGAUUCAAUGGAAGAGAAAAUUCGCGAAAAUACUCAAACUUUAAUAGCUACUCUUCAACAGCAAGAGGAAAAACUGUUGGAUGAACUGAACAGCGCUUUUAGAACCAAAGAGAACUCACUUCGAAAAGAGAAGCAGCAUUUUGAGUCAAUUCUUGAACGGUUAAGCGGUAGUUGCCAAUACACAGAGAGGGCGGUCAAAUUCGGCAACGAACUGGAGAUCUUGGUCAUUCAAAAGCACUUAAAAAGACGGCUAAACGAAGUUUCGAACACUCGAAAGGAUUUCAAAGCGGCAAAUUUGACAAACGUAUAUUACUUUCCCGACCCAAACUCAAACGAGAUUGCCCGAAAAGCACUCGGCCACAUAGUUGUUUCCGAUACUUGUUCGGAGUUAUCAAUAGCAAGUGGCGAUGGACUGGUAAAAGGUCACGUGGGCGCAGAGGCUGAAUUUGUUGUGACUGCCAAAGGUUUCGACGACCAUCCUAAAACCCGAGGUGGCGAUAUGAUAACUAUCGAUGUCCGAAGUCCUAAUAAGGCUGCUGUUUCGUCGGAAGUCGUGGAUAAGGGUGACGGAAGUUAUGCAGUCGCCUUCACACCGAAUUUAAACGGCGAGCACGAAGUGGGUAUCGCAAUCCACCGUCAACCCAUAAAAGGAAGUCCGUUUAAGGUAAUGGUCACCAAUCCCCGAAUUUAUAGCAAAAUAACUCGUCCAAUUCUGUCCAUUGGAAGCCUGGGAGAGGUUCGUGGGAAGUUUAAACUUCCUUGUGGCGUUGCUGUCGAUGGCGAGGGCAAGAUUCUCGUAGCGGAUUGUCACAAUCAUCGCGUACAGAUUUUUGAUUCGCAAGGAAAGUUCGUCAAGUGCUUUGGAAACCUUGGUGAGAAAAACGGGCAGCUGAAUAACCCGACUGAUGUGGCAGUCGAUAAACAUGGAAACAUUGUUGUCUGUGACAAAGACAACCAUCGAAUUCAGCGAUUCACAAAAGAUGGCGUCUUUAUCAACAAAUUUGGUGGCUAUGGUGAAAAUCAAGGAAAGCUAAAACGCCCUUGGGGAGUUUCCCUUGGGAAUAAUGACGAAAUCAUUGUCACCGACCGACGCAAUAGUAGGAUACAGAUUUUUAAAGAGGACGGCAGUCUUUUGCGCGCAUUCGGUCGCCAUGGAAACGCUCAAGGAGAGCUGGAUCAGCCGUACCAUGCUAUCAUAAAUUCUAAGGGAGACAUUUUUGUCACAGACAGUAACAAUCACACAGUAAAAGUAUUUGAUCUCAACGGAAAUUUUGUACGGGAACUCGGCAAUGGGGAGACCAGCCAAGUAAUGCUAAAAUAUCCCACUGGCAUUGCUUUUGACAUGGACAAUCACGUGAUCGUGUCGGAUCAAUAUAACCACCGCAUCCAGGUUUUUAACGAAGACGGGAGCCUGGAGGCAACACUUGCAUCUGGUCUCAACGGACUGGGACAGAAGUGCUACCCCAAAGGUGUGGCUAUCACGCCAGGGGGUUUCAUCGUUGUCGCAGACAGUGACAACCAUCGAGUUAUUAUACUGUAA